AUGAAAUCAAAAAAGAGAAAUAAUGAAGAAUUCAGUUUCUUUGACGAAGACUUAGAUGAUAAUAGCAAUGAAAAUGAUGACGAAAACAACGAACAUAAAGAACAUACAGAAGAAGAUUUCAACUCAUUAAUAAAAAACACAAUAAAACAGAGAAAAAAGCUCAAAGAAAAACAAAAUGGAACAGCAGAUAUCAGAUCAUUUGUAAAUUCAAAAGCACCACCACAAAGACAAAAUAGUAAUCCCAACCUAUCAUUCAAGAAAAUUGAAAUGCCCACAUUUUUAUUUAAAAGUCAAAACCCAAACUAUGAUAUAUAUAAUAAAUCAAAUGAAUUGGAAAAUGUGGAUGACGAAGAUAAUGAAGAUUUAUUUUUAAAAUUUAAAAGAGAAAGAGAAGAAAAAUUAAAAAAAUCAAAAAUGGACCAUUUUUUAGAUGGCAACAGUAAAAGCGGCCCAAGUGUAAAUAGCAAUUCAAUUAAAAAAGAAAAAAAGCAACCAAAUAAAAAAAAAACUGAUAAUGAAGAAUUUGAUUUUGGUUUAAAUGAUUUAUUAUAUGAUAAAAAUAAAACCAUUAAUAAUGAUAAUUAUACAAAUAAUAAUAAUAACAAUACAAUUUUUAAUAUUAACAACAAUAAUAAUAUAAAUAAUAACAAGACAUAUAAUAAAAAUAACAAUAAUACCGAUGAUGUUUUUAAUAUAACGUUUAAAAAAUCAUCCAAUAUAGAUACAACGUCCUACAUUAAGAAUCAAACGACAAAUAUAACCUCGACAAAUAGUAAAAGAAAUUCAAAUCAAAUAAUAAUUGAAGAAAGUGAUGAAGAUGAUUUCGAAAACAACUAUAAUAGCCUUACUCUUAGCCAGGGGUCUGAUAAUAUAAAACGAAGUAAUAGUAGCAAUGAAAGUGAAUUUAGCUAUCACUUCAAUAAAUAUAUAAAAGAAACCAAUAAUAACAAUAACAAUAGCAAUAAUAAUAACUAUAAUAAUAGUAAUAAUAAUUAUAAUAUUCAAAAACAAAUGGAAAAAGUUAAUAAUCUAAAAACAAUUGUUGAUGAUUAUGAAAAAUUAUAUAAAGAAAAAUAUUUAGAACUACAAAAAGAAAUUAAAAUUUUAAAUAACUUUUUGGAUUCUAAUAAUAAAAAUUAA